AUGUACCUUCCGAAACCUCAAAAACAAUGUGAUUGUCAUGUAAAUGAUCCUCCUCCAUGGACUGGAGAAGUGCACGGUUUGAGUCAGGCUCUGAUGAGCAAGACUUUGCGGAUGAGGAUCUUUUGGUGGAUCGUCAUACUCAUUUGUAUAAGUCUCGGAGCAUUUUUCACUAUUCUCAUUAUAAUCGAGUACAUUCAAGGACCAACAGCCACGUCUACCACUAUCAGACUUGUAAGUGUACCAAUUCUGGGAUCAUUUUGAUCCGCUUGCAAUGUUCUGGCCGGACCUAAACUUUGCAGGCUGCUUGGGCUUGAGUUGAAGUAUUUUGGGCUCAAGUUUCAUAUAUUACUGUUCCCCCAGAAAGCCUGUAAAGUUGAGGUCCGAUGGGGUCUCGAAAAGAAUGUGCCAGUCUUUCGCCCAGCCCUAAAGUUUACUGAAAAACCUGUAAGAAAUCUGUGAGUGUAACUUUUCAGGUGAACUCUUUGGAAUUUCCAGCUAUCACAAUUUGUCCAAAAGUCCCUGACUCAUUUAAUAUCACCGGGAUUAGAGGCGACAUUAAAGAAAGUCUUCCCGAUAUCCCUAAUGAAGUGGCUGAUGAUCUUUUAGAGUGAGUCAGUUCUUUUAUUUUUCCUCCCAUCACAACCUUUUCAGGUAUUUCGUCGCGGGCAGUGGAUUAGAGAACAUGAAUGACGUGACGUACUUCAAUCGGACAUACUUAAGUCACCUCAACAAUUUGUAUAAAAUUUGGUCGGAAGGAUUUUCAGUCGACGGGUUUUUCGAAAUUAUUCAGGUUUUGUUUUGAUAAGAAGAGAUUGUGCGUGGCUCGUCUAAUCAGUUAAUUCCAGCAAAAGUACGGUUACCAGUGCAAAGAUCUGUUUUAUGAGUGCCAAUUGGCUGGAAAGAUAUUGGAUUGUUGUAAUGACCUGAUGGAUAGACGAGUCGUUAUGAGAAGAGGAAUCUGUUACCAGACACGAAGGAAUGUGAAUCAGGUAUGGAUGGUAUCUAGAACACUAAAACGUUGCAAAUAACAGUUUUAGUCCGAAGCUGAUGACAUUGGCCGGAUAGUAUUCAGUCUGAAAGCUCCGUCAAGUUACACCAGCGUCAAAAACAAUUACACACAGUCCCAACUGAUUGUCUACAUAACUGAUAACCAUGACGUCGUCACAGAGUUUCCAAGAUUCUAUUUAUAUCCGAAUGAGUGGAACAGGAUGAGAUUUACAGCCAGACUCAUUGAACUAAUUCAGAAUAAGGAUGUCUGCACGGAUAAAGUUAGCUCCGUGACCGAUGUUUUUCUGACUUUAAAUUCAUAUGUAUCUUGUAGAUUUUCGGUCGAGACGCAGAGUGCUUGGUCCGAAAAUGGUACUUAUCGAAUAUCAUCAUUCCGUACAAUUGUACUCUACCGUACCUCAAAACUAUAACCAAGCUACCACCGACUAACGGAGUUUGUAAACCAGAUGUGAUCGCUGACAACUAUUUGGACAAGAUUCAGUAUGUCUGGAAUAGUGCGGCUGUUAAUGAAGAGGUUUGUUUUUGUUCUAUUUCCUCCUAAUUUCCUAACGCUUUUCCUAUUUCCGGCUACGUUUUGUUCCCCAGGCGGAAAAGAAGAAGAAGAAGAAGACAAGCUUCUUUCAUUUUUAUUUUCUCCUUGAAAUAGUUCCUUCCGUUCAUCUUCUCUGUUUUUGUCAUUCAUUUAUCAUUCAUGCGUGUUCUAGUGGGAGCUCAUAAAAUAUCGAGCGACAUGGGAACCUCACAUCUUUCAUUAGGAUGAGAGAGAGAGAACCCCACAUAUUUUCAGUUGAGGAAAAAGAGCUGUCAGUCCGCGCUCAUGUCAAAAUUAUGGAUGGGCUCGUGCGCCUCGGGCACACAGUCAUCACUCUUAUAUUUAGUCCUUCCCCCUUUUCUCUUUUCAGUGCACUCCCGGCUGUAAUCGGUGGGAUUAUCAGACGAGCGUCCAGCAGAGUCAAACACUUUCGCCUUUCGACGAAUAUACAUUCAAUCUUGAAGCCUCUUUCAACGAUUUACAGGUUUUGUUUUGGUUUCAAAUAACUUAUUACUCAAAGUUUUUGAAAAUUUCAGUACGAAUACGUGAAAGAAGUCUACACAACGUCUAUCCCUGGGUUUAUGUCCCAAAUUGGAGGUGAGUGCGGAGCAACGAAUAGUGCAAACGUCUUUUAUUUUUAGGUCAAUUCGGUUUCUUCCUUGGUCUCUCAAUCAUCACCAUCGUCCAAAUGCUUCUUUACGGCUUCCACAGUGCGUUCAUGUUCCUCAGAAAGCAUAUUCAACGAAAAUUCCCGUUUUGCAAGAUUCACCCGUCCGACGAUUGUGAGUUCUGUCUGGUAGCUCAAAACUAUCUCAGCAUUCAUUUCAGAUCCCCGUUCCACGAUGACUUUUGACAACUCCACCAACAUUUAUCCGCCCGAAAAGAGCUUCCCCAAAGAGCAUAUUGCCACUUUGAGCCGUCGAGUGAUAACGACCAGUCCGCCGAGUCCGGUUUCGACCGUCAUUGACUCGGUUGAUCUGCCGCCCCAUUGGGGCCUCCGGAACGUCGAUCGUUCCCGUGAAAACCCACUUUUCAUCAACAAACAUUAA